AGAAAAAAAAAAACUGAUUAUUCCUUUACAUUAUAUUAAUCACGUCGCGUCUACCCUUUACAUAAAGCGACAAAGAUCAAAUGUUAAAGGGUCGUAUGCAUAAGGAAUGCCAACGAUUUAUCGUGACGCCGAAACGUUUCUUCAGUUGCGACUGGUGAUAACUGCACCACGGACGUUUACUCGAGUGGCUGAUAGCGCCGAAAUUUAUGCUCGAUAACGAGCUGUGUAAUAGCGAAACGAUUCUCGAUUGCGAGAGAAAUGAAGAUACGACCUUGGGCAAAAAGAUAGCACUCCGUCUCAAGGACAGCGUCAGAGUGUCCGGAAAUUUGACGAAUUUGAUAUCCGUUACGAAAAUGGUACCCAGGGAAAAGCUUCAAGCUGAGUCGAAGAGAAGCGAAACUUUCCAAUUUCGAAAAUUCGUCAAAGUUCAUCGACAAUCGGCCGGAGAAUGAUAUAUAAUAAUUUGUUGGAAAAUGUGAGCAAUUACGAUACGGAAGAAAGGUAGUGGGAAAUCUAAAAUAAUUCCGAUACCCACGAGUAUUAAAUACACGAAACUUAACGAAGAAUCACAAAGAUUAGGCGAAAUAUAGUAAUACGCUGAGACACAAGAAAUGCAGGCGAGUAAUAUUCACAGAUGAAAAGCGAUUUACCUUGGAUUCAGUUUUUAUUAUCAUGUCAUGUAAGAAAGAGGAGAAAUGGCACAAGCACGACGUGAAAUUGGUGAAGGUAGCAUUACGCUGUUGUCCAGGUAUCGGAUAUAAUGGGGAAACAGAUUUAAUAGUCGUUAACGAACGAACGAACGAACGCUACCAUCUAUCGUAAUUUGAUUCAAGAUCAAAUUGGCAAGUGUGCAACACAUAUUGCCACUGACAAUUUUAUUCUCUUCUGGCAUAACAACGCUACAGUUCACACAUCGCUAACAUCGUAAGAGAAUUAUUUUCUCUACUUUACAAUUAUUAUUUUAUAUCGUGCUUUCAUUGGAUAUGUUCAAUAGUUCAACGUGACACUAGAACUACGGUGAAAAGUGAUCGAAACAGAUUUGCAACGUUGCGUUCUUAGAAAUUUGAAUGAUCUUUGCAAAACGAGAUGAACAGUCUGAAUUCUUUAUCGUUCUUUUUUUUUCUUUUUUUU